AUGCGGUUUGCUAUUGUUCAUGCUGCCGCGGCGGUGACGGAUGCUGCUGCUGUCGCGGUAAUUGCUGCUGCUGCUGUUGUUGCUGCUGUUGCCGGUGCUGGUGCCGCCGCUGCUGCUGGCGUGGCGGCGGCUGAUGCCAUUGAUGUUGCUGCCAUUGCGCCAUCUCUCGUGAAUUUCUCAGCGAGUAACGACUACUGCGGGGAUGGCAGAUUCGUCCAACAUUCCGUCAUCAUGCAACACAUUGACAAACUGGAGUUGAGACCAGGAGACACGGUACUGGACGUUGGAUGCGGUACUGGGGAAGAAACCAAGUCAAUGGCAGGGAAAGUCAAGAGUGUAACAGGUAUUGACGCUUCAGAGGAAAUGGUAGCGGUGGCCAUUAAGACCAACUCGGCACCAAACGUAGCAUACAGUCAAUGGGACGCCCGAGCCGUGGGAGACAACCCAGACUGGCGAGAGGGAUUCGACAAAGCUGUCUGUUUCUUCGUUCUUCACUGGUUUCCCGAGCAGACCCAAGCGCUCCGUAGCAUCUCGGCGUGUCUGAAGCCGGGCGGGCAGACACUUUUUAUCAUCGACAACCACGAUGACCUCUUCAUUUUAACCCAAGCGACUUCCUUCUUGAAAAGUCACGAGAAGUGGGGUGCUUUUGUCCAGGACUACAAGUCAUCACUGUUCAUGUGGAACUUAUCAGUUCAAGAAACGCAGAAAGUCUUCAAAGCGUGUGGCUGGGCCGAGGCUAAGUGUGAAGUGCGGAGACACGACGACGUCCUGUCUGAAAUUCAGUUAAAAUUUGUCAGCUUGUAA